GGCCUCAACGAAUCAGAAAUUCAAUAACAGUGGAAAAGCACGAACUUCAACUUGUCAGCAAAACAGUGGGGGGAGGGGAUCAACAUAUGGCAGUCAUAUUUUUGAAGCUGAAUUAAUGUGCUAGAUCUUUUAUUGGGGUUUUUACCUCGCGGAAGAUUCUUUACUAGAUGUCUACCCCCAGCGAGGCAUCAAUUGGAAUGUCUCAUGCUGGUCCCUCACCAGGUGCUGGCCUGUCCCCGGGGCCCAUCCUAGGGCCCAGCCCUGGACCUGGCCCCUCUCCUGGCUCUGUACACAGUAUGAUGGGCCCCAGCCCUGGGCCGCCAAGUGUCCCCCUUGGUAUGCAGGGACAAGGAAGUGGGGAUUAUUCUCAGGAUAGCAUGCACCCAAUGCAUAAGCCCAUGGAGGCAAUGCAUGAGAAGGGAAUGGGGGAAGAUAUACAUUAUGGGCAGAUGAAAGGAGUGGGGAUGAGAUCCCUGCACAGUGGCAUGGGUCCUCCACAAAGCCCCAUGGAACAACACAGUCAAGGAUACAUGUCCCCUCAUCCCUCUCCAAUGGGCCAGGUGCCUGAGCAUGUGCCUAGCCCAAUGUCAGGAGGAGGGCCAACCCCACCGCAAAUCCCUCAGGGUCCGUCGGGACCAAUGAUGCCUAUGGAUCCUCAGGGAAUGGGACAGCAGGCCAGAGGCCCGUCUGCUUUCAGUCCAGUCCAGUUACAGCAACUAAGGGCUCAAAUCCUGGCUUACAAGAUCCUGGGCCGUGGUCAGCCUCUGCCUGAGAAUCUGCAGUUAGCUGUGCAGGGCAAGAGGAGCCUUCCCACAAUGCAGCAGCAGCCUGUCAACAGUGGUUCCUACAACAGACCUCCAGGUAUGCAAAUGUCUCAUGGAGGGCCUGCCACUGGCCCUUGUCCUACUCCAACCAUGCAGACCCAUACCCAAAGUUCUGGGCCAAAACCAUGGCCUGAAGGUCAAGGUGCAGAGACCCUUAGCAUCCCACAGAAGCUGCCUGUCCCAUAUUCCAGCGGCAGGCCAUCUCCAGCCCCUCCACUUGCUCCAACUGCCACCCAGUCUGUCCCAAGCACCUCCCUCACUUCACAAUCCCAAGCUCAGCUUCAGCCAGGACCGGGUCAGCCCUCUCUCAUCAUACAGCUCCAGCAAAAGCAAAAUCGCAUCACUCCCAUUCAAAAACCUCAGGGUCUGGAUCCGGUGGAACUCUUACAGGAAAGGGAGUACCGACUUCAGGCCAGGAUUACUCACAGAAUUCAGGAGCUGGAAAAUCUUCCUGGUUCGUUGCCACCUGAUUUGCGGACUAAAGCUACUGUGGAGCUGAAGGCCUUAAGACUGCUUAAUUUCCAGCGACAGCUGAGGCUUGAUGUUGUAGCCUGCAUGCGCAGGGACACGACUCUGGAGACGGCUCUGAACUCCAAAGCCUACAAGCGCAGCAAGAGGCAGACGCUGAGAGAAGCUCGCAUGACAGAGAAACUAGAGAAACAACAGAAGAUUGAACAAGAAAGAAAGCGCAGACAGAAACACCAGGAGUACCUCAAUAGCAUUCUGCAACAUGCAAAAGAUUUCAAGGAAUAUCACAGGUCCAUCUCUGGAAAAAUGCAGAAGCUCACUAAGGCCAUCGCUACCUGGCACACCAACACAGAGAGGGAACAGAAAAAGGAGACAGAACGAAUUGAAAAGGAGAGGAUGAGGAGAUUGAUGGCUGAGGAUGAAGAGGGUUACAGGAAGCUAAUUGACCAGAAGAAAGACAAGCGCCUGGCCUACCUGCUUCAACAGACAGAUGAAUACGUGGCCAACCUGACUGAGCUUGUUUAUCAGCACAAGGCUGCACAGGCUGCCAAGGAGAAGAAAAGGAAGAGAAAGAAGAAGAAGCCAGAGUCUGGUGACGCAGAGGGAAUGGGAGCCAUUGGGCCUGAUGGAGAGCCCAUAGAUGAGAGCAGCCAGAUGAGUGAGCUGCCAGUCAAAGUCAUUCAGACUGAGACGGGCAAAGUCCUACAGGGGACAGAUGCCCCCAAGUCCAGUCAGUUAGAGGCCUGGCUCGAGAUGAACCCUGGCUAUGAAGUUGCACCACGAUCAGACAGUGAAGAGAGUGGCUCAGAAUUUGAAGAGGAGGAUGAAGAAGAGGUAGUCUCCAGAGCCGAAUCAGAGGAAAAGAAAGUCAUCGAUCCCAACAGUGAUGAAGUGUCUGAGACAGCGGCAAAGCACAUCAUAGAGUCUGCUAAACAGGAUGUGGAUGAUGAGUACAGUGUUCAGGCAGGAGAGACCAGCACUCAGUCUUACUAUGGAGUCGCCCACGCGGUCAUAGAGAGAGUAGACAUUCAGUCCUCUCUUCUGGUUAAUGGACUACUCAAACAGUAUCAGGUUCAAGGUCUGGAAUGGAUGGUUUCUCUGUACAACAACAACCUAAAUGGUAUUCUAGCUGAUGAGAUGGGUCUGGGAAAGACCAUUCAAACCAUCGCCCUCAUCACUUAUCUGAUGGAACACAAGAGGCUCAAUGGGCCGUACCUCAUCAUCGUACCGCUCUCGACUUUGUCAAACUGGGUUUAUGAACUGGAUAAGUGGUCACCAAGUAUUGUAAAAAUUGCCUACAAGGGCACGCCGUCCAUGCGGAGGUCUUUGGUGCCGCAGCUCCGCAGUGGGAAGUUCAAUGUUCUCCUUACCACCUAUGAGUACAUAAUUAAAGACAAGCAUAUUCUAGCCAAGAUCCGCUGGAAGUACAUGAUUGUGGAUGAAGGUCACCGCAUGAAGAAUCAUCAUUGCAAGCUUACACAGGUGUUGAACACCCACUACGUCGCUCCCAGGAGACUUUUGCUCACAGGAACGCCUUUGCAGAACAAACUACCUGAGCUUUGGGCUCUGCUCAACUUCCUGCUGCCCACUAUCUUCAAAAGCUGCAGUACAUUUGAGCAGUGGUUCAACGCCCCCUUCGCUAUGACAGGAGAGAGGGUGGACCUAAAUGAAGAGGAGACCAUCCUCAUCAUUCGUCGCUUGCAUAAGGUUUUACGGCCUUUCCUGCUGCGCCGACUGAAGAAAGAGGUGGAGUCUCAGUUGCCUGAGAAGGUGGAGUAUGUUGUCAAAUGUGACAUGUCAGCUAUUCAGAAGGUUCUUUACAGGCACAUGCAAGGCAAAGGCAUCCUGCUCACAGAUGGUUCAGAGAAAGACAAAAAGGGUAAAGGAGGAGCCAAAACUUUAAUGAACACCAUAAUGCAGCUGAAGAAGAUCUGUAACCAUCCCUACAUGUUUCAGCACAUUGAGGAAUCUUUUGCUGAGCACUUGGGAUACCCAAAUGGCAUAAUUAGUGGCAAGGACCUGUACCGAGCCUCUGGAAAAUUCGAGUUACUGGAUCGGAUCCUGCCCAAGCUAAAGGCCACCAAUCACAGAGUGCUUCUGUUCUGUCAGAUGACCUCUCUCAUGACCAUCUUGGAGGAUUACUUUUCCUACCGUAACUUCCUUUACCUGCGUCUGGACGGAACCACAAAGUCGGAGGACAGAGCGUUGCUUUUAAAGAAAUUCAAUGAAGAAGGUUCGCAGUAUUUCAUCUUUCUGCUGAGCACCCGGGCGGGAGGUCUGGGCCUUAACUUGCAGGCUGCAGACACAGUUGUGAUCUUUGACAGUGACUGGAACCCCCACCAGGACCUGCAGGCCCAGGACCGAGCCCAUCGUAUUGGCCAGCAGAAUGAAGUACGUGUGCUGCGUCUGUGUACCGUGAACAGCGUGGAGGAGAAGAUUCUAGCAGCGGCCAAGUAUAAACUGAAUGUAGAUCAGAAAGUCAUUCAGGCUGGCAUGUUUGAUCAAAAGUCCUCCAGCCAUGAGCGCAGAGCCUUCCUGCAGGCUAUUCUGGAGCAUGAAGAACAAAACGAGGAGGAGGAUGAAGUUCCAGAUGAUGAAACUCUCAAUCAAAUGAUUGCCCGUAAUGAGGACGAAUUUGAGCUUUUCAUGCGCAUGGAUUUAGACCGCCGCAGAGAGGAUGCACGCAACCCUAAGCGUAAACCUCGCCUGAUGGAGGAGGAUGAGCUGCCAUCUUGGAUCCUGAAAGAUGAUGCAGAGGUGGAACGUCUCACCUGUGAGGAAGAGAAAGAUAAGAUCUUCGGCCGUGGAUCCCGGCACCGCAGGGAUGUGGACUACAGUGACGCACUGACGGAAAAGCAGUGGCUUAGGGCCAUAGAAGAUGGCAACCUUGAGGAAAUUGAGGAGGAGAUACGCCUGAAGAAGCGCAAGCGUAGGAGACACGUGGACAAAGACUGCAGCAGGCGUGAGGAUGCAGAAAAGUCCAAGAAAAGGAGAGGGCGGCCUCCAGCAGAGAAGCUGUCCCCAAAUCCACCCAAACUCACAAAACAGAUGAAUGCCAUCGUAGAUACUGUCAUCAAUUAUAGAGAUGCUUCAAGCCGUCAGCUCAGCGAGGUCUUCGUGCAACUGCCCUCCAGGAAAGAGCUGCCUGAAUACUAUGAACUGAUAAGGAAGCCAGUGGACUUCAAGAAGAUCAAGGAGCGUGUGCGCAACCACAAGUACAGAAGUGUUAGCGAUCUGGAGAAAGACGUAAUGCUUCUUUGUCACAACGCUCAGACUUAUAAUCUAGAGGGCUCUCAGAUCUAUGAAGACUCCAUUGUUCUCCAGUCAGUGUUUAAAAGUGCUAGACAAAAGAUAGCUAAAGAGGAGAGCGAAGAUGACAGUGAUGAUGAUGAUGACGACGACGAUGAUGAUGACGAUGAAUCAGAAGCAGAGUCUAAAUCAAUGAAGGUCAAAAUUAGGCUGAGUAAGCGAGACGAGAGAAGUCACGACAAAGGGAAGAAGAGACAGAGUCGCGUGAAGGCCAAACCUGUAGUCAGCGAUGAUGACAGCGAUGAAGACCUGGACAAUUUCGAGAGGAAUAUGAGCAGUCAGAGGGCAGCAACAGCGAUGAUGAGUGAGGAGGAGAUGAGCUGAUGAUCAGCGUUGCUUUCACACCUUUAUUUCCCUACUUGUAUUUUCCUCAGAAAUAUUCUGUACUUCACCCGAGGCUUGCUAUAAGAUUGAUUGUUUUCUGUUCCUUUGGUUUUAUUGUACGGAUACACACUUUGUCUUGUGUUGCUGUCUCACCGUUUUUCAAUGCAGUCAAAUGAGGAAAAAUCUGCCGUGAAGAAAAGUUGUUUUGCACCUUUCAGUAUUUUGCAUACAGUGAAUUAUUUUAUGGACGACUUCCUUGUGCUUGUACAUAAUUUACAAUUAUGCACUAUUUUAAAAAACAAUCAAAAGAUUAAAAAAAGAGAAUUGCAUUAGAGAACUUCAUUUAUAAGCUAACAAAAGCCUUUUUUAUUGUUACAGUCCAGAGACUCGUGGACUUUAAUUGCAUCCAUUUUAUGAGUGUCUUCGAUUUCAUAUUGUUAUGAAACCAUAUAUUGUAGGAACUACUGUAUUGUAUUGCAUGCGUCACAAAAGCCAGCAGAGAUUGCAGAUGCAUUCGUGAACAGUCUGCUGAUCAGUUCUGUACUGUUUCUCUAUACACAUUUUCUCUGGGUCUUUGCUUUAGCUGAUUUUAGAUUUCACAGUCAGACCUGCCUAUUGUUAGCUACAUAAUACUGUAUUUGAAUGUAGAUACUGGAUCUAGUAUUUUACAGCAUAUUGUAUGUCAGACUGUGAACUAGCUUAAAUUGGCUACCUUUGCAUACAUAUAUAUUUUUUUUACAUCAGUGUUAUUUAGAAGUGUGGGGCGGUUAAACGUUAUAUGCCCUUAUGUCAUAUUGAAAUAAGUUUCAUUUAUUUUACAGUAUUAUUGCUUUAUCAUUUACCCAUCAUUUUUUUCUUUUUCGGUUCGUUCUCUUGUGUGCCAUUGGUCAUUUCUGACAUCUUUUAUGUGGUUUGUGCUUAGUAUAUAUAUAUUCUAAAGUGUCAUAAUCUUUGCCGUUCUUGCACACUGUCUUUGUGGUUGUAGCACAUAGCCCAAAGUAAAUAAAUAACACCAAUGGUGGA